AUGCCUGUUGGGAAAAUAACAUCAUGGGUAGACCUGCGGGAAAAAUUUUUAGUGCACUUCACCCAACAGAGGAGGUCUAUCCGCGAUACCGCAGAUGUCAUUAAUAUUUGGCGACGUGACAACGAGAGCUUAGAAGAUUUCAUUACGCGUUACAACAAAGAAGUGCUCCAGAUAGGAGACGUUCAUGAGCACCUGAUCAGAGCACAGUUUAAGUAUGUCGUCCGAUGUGAUGACAUGAUCAAGGUCUUGUCCAGAACGGAUGGGUUACCAAAAAGCUGGGAGAAGCUGAUGGCGGCAGCUAAGGUGUACGCCCAGACUGAGAAAAACCUCAGCACCAAUAGACCACCACCACUGCACAGUCGCCCAACAGACCUAGGCCCUAGUAGCGGGAAAAAGUUUAAAAAGAAUUGGCGUGACUCGAGUUCUGGAAAUUAUUCGUCUGAAGACGCGCGAGCUACCAUAAACAAGCUCGCUGCACAAAGAGAGACAAAACAAGAAAACAGAGAGAGGCAAUGGACUCCUCUGACCAAAACACCAGCAGAGGUGCUGAGCACGGAAGACUACCAGUUCAAGGCACCUCCACCAAUGAAGAAUAAGUACGGCCAAGACCCAAAUCAAUAUUGUGACUAUCACAAAGACAACGGUCACACUACCAACAACUGUAUCUCCCUCUGCACUGAAAUCGAGAAAACGCUCAAGAGUGGUGAGCUCACUCACCUGUUGCAGAAUGUGCGGAAAGAGAUAAAACAAAUUACUCGCGGCGAGGAGGGCCCGAGUAGAAAGGCGAAGAACUAA